AUGCCUAUUCUCGAACAAGAGAAGCACGGACUGCGCCGGAAGUUGACCGCGACCGAGAGCGAAUAUGAAGUCAAGAUCCAGGAACUCUCCGUUGAUCUGCAUCAUGCAAAGGAUCAGCUGCAAGCACAGUCGGAGAUCGCGGAGCAGCGCGAGGCCGUUCGCCAGAGCGAGCGGGACAAGAGUCAGCUGAUCGACCAACUCACGGAACAGAACCAGCGACUCACCACACAGUUGAAAGACAGCUCCAAGCAUGAGCAGCAGCUGGAGCAACAACUACAACUCCUUCGGGAUCAGUUCAACAUCCGAAAGUCGAACAUGUCGGAACAGGUGUCGACGCUGGAGGUGCUGCGGCAGGAGAUCGACAUCUUGACCGACAAGAAGAUCGAACUUGAGCGAAGGAUCGACAGCCUCCUGAGCGACCGUGAGGGACUCAGCGUCAACCUCGACGAAUCCGCCGACAGGAUCCAGAUGCUCGAGAAACAGUACAGGGAGCAGGAGAUCAUGCUCCGCAACAGCCACCGAGAACUCGAGGACCUACGCCACACGAACGAGUCCUUGACGGGUCGUCUGGAGGCCGUGAGUCGAAACUCCUCCUCGCCUUCCAUGGGGCAGACGUCGCUCCUCAACGAGAUGGAUAUGUCGGACCACGAGGCGUCCCGACCCCACUCGCACCCCAGCAUGCAGGAGGACCUCCUGGACAUGGACGAGUUCGAGUGCGACGACCCCAUCAUCUACCCGACUUCGGACGCCGAGACUCUCAAGACCGACACACCUUCUCUGCGUCAGGAGGUGGUGGAAGUGAUCGGCCAGCUGCGGGUUCUGACGGACCAGCUGAGACACCGCAGAAGGAACUCGCUCACGUCCCUCUCCACCAACUCCUCUGAUGAGCUCUCGCCGGAUAAGCUCAAGACCGGCGUCCUCGGAGCUGUAGCGAAGGAACUACGUGGUUUGGUGCGGGACCUCCUUCGUCGGGAGGCCCAGGGGCAGUGUGGUGCAUGCGGGCGCGGAGGAGAGGACCGCGUGCAGCUGGAACAGGAAGUCCACCGCGCUCUCGAAGCUGUUGAUAAGCUGAACAUAGAGCUUAACGAGACCAAAGAUAAACUCAAGGCCAAGAGCGACGAGGCCGAUGAGUUCAGUCAUCAGGUGACACUCGGGGAGGCGCAGCUCAAAGCCGUCACGGAGGAGAGAGACAACCUCAAGCAUGACCUCGAGAACACGCACCUUGCCAAGGACGAACUGGUCAAGAAGGCGUGGGACAUGCGGGACAACGCCGUGGCCCGCAAGAACGCGUGCGAGAUCGAGCUGGCAAGGACCCGCAUCGACGUCAUGCAGAUCAACUCGCAGCUCAUGGAGGCCAUCCAGCAGAAGGUGGAGCUCUCGCAGCAGCUGGAACAGUGGCAGGUGGACAUGCAGCAGCUCCUGGACGAGCAGAUGAGGAAGAAGCUGUCCAAGCUGGAGAUGGCCGCCGGGGCGUCGCGGUCCCAGGUCCACGCCCAGACCAACGGCAGCGACUCCGACUCCUCCUGCAGCGGCAAGACCUCCCCGCGGAAGAACUCGCGCCUGUUCUCCCUCCUGACGACCCUCAAGCGGUAACCCCGAGACGCAGCCUCCAAGAGCGCGAGUCAGUGGCUGGUUAGGGGAAGAAGGAAGAAACUGUAGCUUCAUCAGUGACUAUGUUCAUUCUAUUUUUCUUUAUUCGUGUGAAAGGAACGACGUCAUCAUCUCUGUAACACCUUUUUAAGGAAAACCUGGAUUCUUUCUGUUGAUGUUAUUAGAACUACAAAAAAACAGCGGAUUCACUUGUAAUACUUAAAAAAAAGCAAAAUGGCAUUAUUGUGUAUAUGUUAAAAAAAAUGUUUGGAUAAAAUUCAUGCAAAAUCACUAAUCUACGUUAACACACGCGAGGCCUUUCAACACCAUUUCGAAACUUCAGGGUAAAGGUUCACGGUGUCUCUCUUGUAUGGUUUGAUGGUCGUACAAGGAGCAUGAUAGUCCCGGGAUAGUCGUAGCUAAAGACGACGUUCUCUCCCACAACCACCGUCAAAACCCUGAGCCACCUUUGUGCAUACACAGUCUCUGUUUAGAAUGUAAGAUUUCCUGAUUUAUUUUUCUUUACGAUUGGUCAUUUUUUUCUCCCACACUCGCAGAAAUAAGCCUUAAUAGGUUUAGAAACUCUCCCAAAUGCUACUCACACGAUGGCCUUCCGAUUGAGAAAAAAAUAUAUAUGUUAACAAAGUAUUUAUAGAUAUACACAGUUUAUCUUUCAAAUACUAGAAUGCUACUUCGUAUUUAUCUUUUAUCUUGGCAACAUCACGAGCCGAUGGUUUGGAAUUUUUGAACGUUAAGCUUUAAUUUGAAUAUUUUUCUAACUUGCCGAUAACAAGGUUUUGUUUGUGGCAAAGGGUGAAUUUUCUUUCAGCAAUAGAGACAAAGAGAAAGAAGUUUAAUAUUUUAAGGUUAAGGAAACAUUCUCAUGCAAUAAAAAAAAUACGUUAUGAUAUCUCAUAAAAAGUUUUCUUCUUUGUUGAAAUAAUUUUGGAAUACAUUGCAGGCAAAACAGGCGGGAUGUACAAAGAAGGAGAUUUUAUUGAUCUGAAAAUGAAAAAAAAUAAUCUCUAAAGAAUAGUUUUUAUAGAUAUAUAUUGACGUAGUAAUAAUAUACUGUACUUAGCUGUGAUAUACUGAGCUCUUAUUUAGCUUCUACAUGUUUGCAUUCCCCCUUUUCCGAUUCCAUUUGACCAACUUCCUAGUCUUGACAACACUGAUAAAGCCUCAGUAUAAAUAUUAUACUGAGUUUGAAACAUUUAAUGACGAAGCUGUAAGUGGUAAGCAUUAACAUGGUUUUUUAACACGAUUUACACAUGUAUAUUAAAGCCAUUUUCUUUAGAUUAUAAGUUCUUCGACAUAUGGUCAUGUUCAUGCUUACAUUACUUCAUGAAGCUUAUAUAUUUACGUGUGUUUGUAUUUGCUAGUACAAACACACAAACAUGUAUGCAAGUGUGUAUGCAAGUGUGUGUGUGUGUGUGUGUGUGUGUGUGUGUGUGUGUGUGUGUGUGUGUGUGUGUGU